CUCGAACUCGAACUGUCAACAGCGAAAUCGGUUUUGUCGUAAAACACAAUAACUAAAACAAAUUAUUUUUUUUAAACAAUAAACAUAGUUUCAUUCUCAUAAAUACUUAUUUCUAACUGUGGUACUAUAAUUAAAAAAGUGAUUGAUUAUUUACUCGUAUAUUAAAUAAGAGUAAAUAGAAAAAUAUUUUAAAAACUGGGACCUUGAAAAAAUAUAAAGAAAUGACAUAUAGACGCAUCUUACCGAUAAGUGUAAUUUUCCUAUUAAAUGUAUAUGCACGUCCAGUAUUAUCAAGGACUUUGUACAAUAAUAAUAAUAAUUUAAUAGAAAAAAGGGAUAUAUCAGAACUAGAAUUACCAGCAUGUCAAAUUUACUGCGAAGGACCCCUCCUGCACACUGUGCAAAUGGCGCAUUUAUUCAAGGAUUCAAAGACAUUUGUUGAUAUGAAACUUAAAUAUUCACCGGAAGAAACAAAUCUUAAAUUCACAGAAUUUAUGACUUCCAAAAAUAAUACACCGACCGAGGAUGAUAUAAGAGAAUUUGUAAAUAAUCAUUUCGAUGAUUUAGGUAAAGAGUUCGUACCUUGGUUGCCAGCAGAUUGGAAAGAACAUCCAGCUUUCCUUGACAGCAUUUACGAUCCAGAUCUUAAACAAUGGGCAUCCGAUCUUAAUGGAAUAUGGAAAGAUUUAGGUCGUAAAAUGAUAGAUGAUGUAUUUAAAAACCCUGAAUAUUAUUCCAUAAUACCAGUUGAACAUCCAGUAAUUGUACCUGGUGGUCGUUUUAUUGAAUUCUAUUAUUGGGAUUCUUAUUGGAUUAUACGUGGUCUUUUAUAUUCUGAGAUGUAUAGCACAGCACGUGGAAUGCUUGAAAAUUUUCUAUCCAUUGUUAAACGUUUUGGAUUUAUUCCAAAUGGUGGUCGCAUUUAUUACGCCACACGUUCACAGCCACCACUAUUAACAGCUAUGAUAAAAUCAUAUGUAGAUUUUACGCAAGAUGAGAAAUUUGCUUUAGAUGCACUUGAAAUAUUGGAACAUGAAUUUGAAUAUUGGAUGAAUAAUCAUACAGUACAAGCUAAAGGUCAUGAUAUGGCUACUUACGGUGGUAGUUCUAAAGGUCCAAGACCAGAAUCUUAUCGUGAAGAUGUUAUAACUUCCAAUUCAUUCGUAACUAAUGAAGAAAAAGAGAAUCACUAUUCUGAAUUGAAGGCUGCAGCAGAAUCUGGUAUGGAUUUCAGCUCACGUUGGUUUAUUAAUGAAAAUGGCACAACCCAAGGCAAUUUAACAGACUUGAAAACACGCUCAAUCGUUCCCGUCGAACUCAAUGCUAUAUUGUAUUGGAACGCAAAAAUAAUUGCAGAAUUUCAUUUAAGAAACAAUAACGUGUCUAAAAUGACAGAAUACAUGAAUAAAGCUGAAAAGAUUUUAGAGGCCAUCCAAGACGUGCAUUGGAAUGAGGAAGUUGGUGCAUGGUUAGACUACGAUCUUAUAAAUAACAAACAACGUGAUUAUUUUGUCCCAACAAAUUUAGCACCAUUAUGGACGAAAGCAUUCGAUAUUAAGGAUUCGGAAAAAAUUUCAAAAGCAGUAUUGCAAUAUAUUGAAAAUAAUCGCCUUGAUAACUAUCCAGGUGGUGUACCAAAUACACUCUAUCAUACAGGAGAACAGUGGGACUUUCCAAAUGUAUGGCCACCCAUGCAAUAUAUACUGAUUGAAGGUUUGAAAAAUUUGGAUACACCAGAAGCGAAGAAUUUAUCUACUAGCUGGGCAGAACGAUGGGUUAAAUCAAAUUUUGAAGCUUAUCGUGAAACCAGAAAUAUGUUUGAAAAGUAUGAUGCUGAACAUUUUGGUGGACAUGGCGGCGGUGGAGAAUAUGAAGUACAAAAAGGUUUUGGUUGGUCAAAUGGCGUGAUUUUGGAAUUAUUAGCUAAACAUGGACGCCAGCUUUCUGUUUCAACUGACGGAGCAGUUCAAAUGAAUGUAAUGAACAUCGUUGGAGUGACUGCAAUUACUCUAAUAGCAACAAUACUUGCAAGACUUAUGUGGUAGAAAGAUUUUAACCACGAAGCAAUCUUCAGAGGGGCAGCUCCAUGAUUAAAACAGUGAAUUUUUUUCGUUACAUUGAAAUAUUUUUUGUAAUUGUUAAUUAUUACUAGCUAAUGUUAAUUUUAAAAUAAAUAUAUUAU